AGCUUGAACAGCAAGUCCUUGAGCAGAAAGCUGAAAUGAAUAAGUUAAACACAGCACUUCAAAAACAAAAUGAUGACUUGCAGAAAGUGUCCCAAUCUUCACAUGAGCUGCAGAUCAAACUGGGAGACUAUAAUGAGGAAAUUAAGAAAUCAUCUGAACUACAGCUGAAAAACAAAUCUCAGGAUCUGGCGAUAACCACUCAUGAGAAGGUUAUUAAGGAUCUUAGAUCUGAGCUCAGUUCCAUGACUGCUGAAAAGAGGAAGGUUGAACAACAAGUCCUUGAGCAGAAAGCUGAAAUGAACAGCCUAAAUGCAACACUUAUAAAGACUGCUGAUGAGUUGCAUAAAGUUACCCAGUCUUCUCAUGAGCUGCAAAUGAAACUGAGAGACUAUAAUGAGGAAGUAAAGAAAUCUGCUGAACUACAGCAGAAAAACAAAGAUCAUUAUCUGACAAUUGCCACCCAUGAGAAGGACAUCAGAAAUCUUAGAUCUGAGCUCAGUUCCAUAAUGACUGAAAAGAGGAAGGUCGAACAGCAAGUCCUUGAGCAGAAAGCUGAAAUUCAGAGUCUAAACACAACACUUAGGAAGACCAAAGAUGAGCUGCUGAUAAAACUGAGAGAAUAUAAUGACGAAACAAAAAAAUCUUCUGAACUAGAGCUGAAGAACAAAGCUUUUAGUCUUGAGAUAGUUACCUAUGAGAAAAACAUUAAGGAUCUGAAGUCUGAGCUCAAUUCUUUAAGUACAGACAAGACAAGGGUUGAACAGCAUGUCCAUCAGCAGAAAACUGAAAUUAACAAUCUAAACUCAGAAUUUAGGAAGAUAAAAGAUGAGCUGCAGAUAAAAUUGAGGGCCCUAAAUGAGGAAACUAAGAAAUCAUCUGAACUACAGAUGAAGAACCGAGCCCUUAGUCUGGAGGUAGUCACUCAUGAAAAGGAUAUUACGAAUCUUAAAUUUGAGUUUAAUUCAGUUAGCACAGAAAAGAGAAAGGUUGAACAGCAAGUCUAUGAGCAGAAAGCUGAAAUGAAUAAUCACAACAUAAUGCUUAAGAAGGUGACAGAUGAGUUACAGAAGGAGAAACAAGCUACUCAUGAGCUGCAGAUCAAAAUGAGAGACUAUAAUGAGGAGACAAAGAAAUCAACAGAAAUACAUCAGAAAAACAAAUCUUAUGAUCUGAUAAUUGCCACCCAUGAGAAGGAUCUCAGGACUCUUCGGUCUGACUUAAGCUCCAUGAAUGCUGAAAAGAGAAAGGUUGAACAGCAAGUCAUUGAGAGGAAAGUAGAAAUUAACAAUCUAAACUCAGAACUUAGGAAGUUGAAAGAUGAGCUGCAGAUAAAAUUGAGAGACCUAAAUGAGGAAACAAAGAAAUCAUCUGAACUACAAAUUAAGAACAAAUCCCUUACCAUGGAGAUAGGCACGCAUGAGAAGGACAUUAAGAAUCUGAAAUCUGAGCUUAGUUCUAUAAGCACAGAAAAGAAAAAGGUUGAACAGCAAGUCCAAGAGCAGAAAACUGAAAUUAAUAAUCUGAACAUAAGGUUUAAGAAGGUGACAGAUGAGAUACAGGUGGAGAAACAAACUAGUCAUGAGCUGCAUAUCAAAAUGAGAGACUAUAAUGAGGAGACAAGGAAAUCAUCUGAAAUACAGCAGAAAAACAAAUCUCAGGAUCUGACAAUUGCCACCAAUGAGAAAGAAAUCAGGAAUCUUCGGUUUGAGCUGAAUUCAGUGAGUGGUGAAAAAAGAAAGAUUGAGCAGCAGGUCCUUGAGCAGAAAGCUGAAAUUAACAAUCUAAAUGUGACACUUAAAAAGACCAGUGAUGAGUUGCAGAAAGUUACACAAUCUUCACAUGAGCUGCAGAUCAAACUGAGAGACUAUAAUGAGGAGGCAAAGAAAUCAUCUGAAAUAGAGCAGAAAAUCAAAGCUCAGGAUCUGGCGAUUGCCACCCAUGAGAAAGACAUAAAAAAUCUUAGAUCCGAGCUCAAUUCAGUGAAUAGUGAAAAGAGAAAGGUUGAGCAGCAAGUCAAUGACCAGAAAACCGAAAUUAACAAUCUAAAUGCAACAUUUAAGAAGACCACUGAUGAGUUGCAUAAAGUUACACAAUCUUCACAUGAGCUGCAGAUCAAACUGAGAGACAGUAAUGAAGAAGCAAAGAAAUCAUCUGGCCUACAGCUGAAAAACAAAGCUCAGGAUCUGGCUAUUGCCACCCACGAGAAAGACAUCAGGAAUCUUAGAUCUGAGCUCAAUUCCAGGACUGCUGAAAAGAGAAAGCUUGAACAGCAAGUAGUUGAGCAGAAAGCUGAGAUUACCAGUCUAACCACGACGCUUAAGAAGACAAAAGAUGAGCUACAGAUAAAACUGAGAGAACAUAGUGAGGAAUCAAAGAAGUCAUCUGAACUACAGUUGAAGAUCACAACACUAAGUCUGGACAUUGUCAAUAAUGAGAAGGACAUUAAGAAUCUUAAGUCUGAACUUAAUUCUGUAAACACAGAAAAGAGGAAUGUUGAACAGCAAGUUUUUGUGCAGAAAACAGAAAUUAACAAUCUUAAUGCAACACUUAAGACAACAACAACUGAGUUGCAGAAAGUUACCCAAGAUUCACAUGAGCUGCAUAUAAAACUGAGGGACUAUAAGGAGGAAGCAAGGAAAUCAACGGAACUAGAGAAGAAAAGAAAAUCUCAGGAUCUGACAAUGGUCACCCAUGAGAAGGAGAUGCAGCGUCUUAGUUCUGAGCUAAUUUCCAUGAAUACUGAAAAGAAAAAGGUUGAACAGCAAGUCUUUGAACAAAAGGCUGAAAUUAACCAUCUUAAUGUGACACUUAAGCGGGAGACUGAUGAGUUGCAGAAAAUGACCCAGUCUUUACAAGAGCUGCAAAUCAAAUUGAGAAACUAUAAUGAGGAAAUAAAGAAAUCAUCUGAACUACAACAGAAAAACCAAGUUCUCGAGCUAACGAUUACCACCCAUGAGAAUGACAUCAGGAAUCUUAAAUCUGAGCUCAAUUCCAUGAAUACUGAAAAGAAAAAGCUUGAACAGCAAGUCCUUCAGCAGAAAGCUGAAAAUAGCAAUCUAAGCACAACACUUAAGAAGACGACCACUGAGUUGCAAAAAGUGACCCAAUCUUCACAUGAGCUGCAGAUCAAACUGAGAGACUACAAUGAGGAGGCAAAGAAAUCAUCUGGGCUACAGCUGAAAAACAAAACCCAGGAGCAAACGAUUACCACGCAUGAGAAGGACAUUAAGAAUCUUAAGUCUGAACUCAUUUCCAUUAAUGCUGAAAAGAAAAAGGUUGAACGGCAAGUCCUUGAGCAGAAAUCGGAAAUUAGUAAUCUAAAUGUAACACUUAAAAAGACAGCUGAUGAGCUACAGAAAGUAAGCCAAGCGUCCCAUGAGCUGCAGAUAAAACUGAGGGACUACGAAGAAGAAAUAAAGAAAUCAUCUGCGCUUCAGGAAAAAAACUAUUCUCUAAAUAUGUCCAUUACCAGCAAUGAGAAGGACAUCAAGAAGCUUACAUAUGAGUUUAAUUCUGUUAGUGAAGAAAAGAAAAAGGUAGACAAGAAGGUCCUGGAACAGAAAUCUGAAAUCGAUGAUCUAACUGCAAAACUUAGGAAGGCAAUGGAUGAGCUAAAAAAGGAGACUGCUGAUGGACAGAGACACUCUGCCAAAGUAAACGAGCUGCAAGCUGAGGUUCAGAACUACAAACAGACUAUGAAUGAUCUGAGUGGAAAUUCUGAAAAAGUUGCAGUUAAUCUUAAAAAGGAAGUAGUCGCUCUACAGAGUGUCAAGAAGGUAUCAGAUCAGGAACUUGUGACUCUGAAGGCCCAGCUGAAUGAGUUGAAUGCUGCUCUGCAAAAAACUAAGGAUGAACUGAAGAAAGAGGCUCAGGAAGGGAAGAAGUAUGGGUUUAAAAUCACUGAGCUUGAGAAAGAGGUUCAGAGUAGCAAGCAGUCAUUCACCGAGGUUAACUCCAGCUCAGAGAAACUCACCCUGAGCUUAAAGCAGGAAAUCUCAGUCCUUCAGAAGGAGAGGAGUGUGGCCAGGGGGGAAGCACAAUCACUGAUGUCUGAAGUCACCCUCCUGAAGAAGAAACUAGAGCAGACACAGGAAGAGGUCAAGCAGAAGCAAAAGGAGACAUCAGCCGCCCAGCUGAAGGCCCAGGGUCUGGAGGAGCAAGUGCAGAACUGCAAGCAGAUGCUGGAAGACCUCAAAGGUAAACUGGAACUGCAGAAAAAAGGACAUGAGAGUGAGCUGGAGGUGCUCCGGACUGAAAUGGAACAGAAGCUAGCACUACAGCGUACGGAGACCAGUCUCAAAAUGGAGCGUGAAAAGAAGUCGAGGGAUAAUUUGUACACCACUGAAGUAGCUGAACGUGAGAAAAAAUAUCUUCAAGAGAUUGAACAGCUGAAAACUCUCAACCAGGAAGCUUUGAAGCUGAAGAAAGAGGCACAGCAGCAGGUGGAUGUGCUUCAUGUGAAGUUUGAUAAAGGAGAGAAAGAAAAAUCUGCAACCAGCCAGGAAAUGAUUGUCGCAAAGACCCGGAUCGCUGAAUUAGAAAAGGAAAAAGUCAAGCUGACUGCGAGAAUCGCUCAGACAGACAAAAGCCUUAAUGAAAUCACAAAAGAUAAUGUGACGCUCAAACAAACAGUAGCAGAGACUGAGCGGAAACUGGCAAUAGGUGAGAAGGAAUCAAGAUCAUUCAAAGAGCAGGUCUCAUCUUAUAUAAAGGACGUGAAAGACCUACAGGAGAAGGUUUUGAAACUUGAGGUGAUGGAAAGGGAGUGCCAAAGGAACCAUCAGUGCUUUAAAGACAAUGAGCUUGCCAAAUUGAAGACUGAGCUCAUGACAGCAAAAGAAAUGGUGACAUCACAAGAGGAAGAGCUAAGGAACUUGAAAAUACAGACAUCAAGUGUGGAGGCCCAGGGAAUGCAGGAACUGACUGCAAAGAAACAAGCACAAAUAAAUGCUAGCAGCCAAGUGGAAGUUCAAAAGCAAACUCAAAAGCAAACUAAAAGCCAAGCUCAGGAGUUGACCAUGAAGAAAACUACACAGACCUCAAAAAUCACGCAAAUACACUCCCAGGAAACACAUCACACUGUAAUUACCAGUGAUGUAUCUGUGACUCUGUCAGAAGAAAUGCAUUCUGGGCAUGUCACAUCGAUGACUAACUCAUCUCAUCAUAAAGAUACACAAGCAGCCACAACCUCCAUCUCUUCUGUGACCCUGAAAAAUGAGGAGGCAGGCGAGGUAGCUGUAGGUGUGUUACAGCACUCAGUCAUGGGCUUGGUUGGUCAAAAAUCUGCGAUCGCGGGCAUUUACACUGAGGCGAGCAAAAAGAAAAUCUCCUUCCUGGAGGCUUCUGAGAAAGGUUUCCUAGCACAGACUUAUGCCGCAGAGUUUCUGGAAGCGCAGGCAGCCACAGGCCAAAUUAUAGACUACGUCACAGGCAAAACCUACUCAGUUCAGGAUGCUCUGGAGAAAGGUAUUGUUGAGGAGGAGCUGAAGGAAAAGCUCCUGGAUGCUGAGAGGGCAGUAACUGGCUAUACACAUGGCAGCAGGGUGCUGUCUGUGUUCCAGGCCAUGGAGAGUAGGAUUCUGGACAGGCACAAAGGGAGAAAGAUCAUUGAGGUUCAGAUCGCUACAGGUGGACUGGUCGACCCACAGAGUGGCAUCCGUGUGCCCCUAGACAUGGCUUUGGAGAAGGGCCUUAUAGACAAAUCCACCCUUCAGACCCUGUAUGACCCUGUCAGCAACCCCAAAGCUUUUCAUAAUCCAGACACAGGGCACAAGGCCUACUAUUGUGAGCUUCUGAAGACAUGCGUCUAUGACGUUGACGGACAUGUCUUCCUCCUCCCGUUUGGCAGUCGACAUGUCACAAACGUAACCCUUGCCAGACCCUCACGGUUGUGGGUGAUUAGUAGCAGUUCUGGCACCGAGAUGUCUACCUUUGAGGCAUACAGGGCCAAGCUCAUUGACAGGGACACUUACCUGUUGCUCUCCCAGCAGGAGAAUGUGUGGGAGGAAAGUACCGAAUUAGACUCAAGUGGGGGUACCAUACACAUUCUGACUGACCUCAGGAGUGGGCGGCAGCUUUGCAUCGAACGCUGCCUGGUCCUCAAGAUCCUAAUUGUAGAGGAGCUGCAGAAAUACAGAGCAGGGCUCCUCAAAAUCAAUGAGCUUGCAGACCUUUUGAUCUCCAGGAGAAGUGUUUCAGAAGAUCCCCACAGCCCGAUUGCAGGCCUCUGGGAUAUCAGCCAAAUGAGAAGGCUUCCUGUGUUAAAGGGGCAUCAGCAGAACCUGCUGGAUAGGCUCACCACUGUUCGGCUACUGGAGGCCCAGGCCUGCACAGGAGGCAUCUGCGACCCAUUGUUGGGAGAGAAAUUCACUGUGGCCGAAGCUCUUCAGCGAGGUCUCAUAGAUGACAUGAUGGUCCGCCAGGUCCAGCUGUAUGAGCAGGCCUACCGUGGCAUUGCUCACCCUAGAACAGGUGUGCUCCUGUCUGUAGCACAGGCCAUGCAGCAAGGUCUGUUCCCCAGGGAUGUUGGGCUAAAGUGCCUUGAGUUCCAGGCACUGACUGGAGGUCUGGUGCAACCAGGAACUCUGGCCAGAAUCUCAGUGGAAGAGGCAGCCCGAUGUGGCUUGAUAGACGAAACCAUCGCCACACACCUGACAGAUGAGAAGUCCUACGCCAAGAACCUAACAUGCCCUAAGACCAAAAGGAAAAUAUCAUUCAAGGAAGCUUUGGAAAAAGGGGUCUAUGACUGUCACACGGGCCUCAAGCUUCUCCGGGCAGUCAAGAGCCACAAUGUUGGAGUCGAGUCCUCCUUCUAUUACAUUUUUACCUACCCGUAUGUGAAAUGAGGCGUCAGAACGACGAUGCUCAAGUUUCUGCAUACCCUACAAAUCUGAAAGAUUGCUGAAAGUUUUACAAAUGGAAUGUACAUACAGAAUGUUGUUAGUAAUAUAUGAAAGUGUAUGAUUUCUUUUCAUGUAUGUGUUAAAUGAAAAAUCAUGUUCAUAAACUCAACAAGUUAUAUUACAAUGUUUUAUUUUGCAUAUAAUCAAGGAUUCUGUUUUACUAAAAAAUGUAUGAACUAAUACUUUUCAUUCAUUCGUUUCAUGUUUUAUCUCAGAAAAUGCUCAAGAAAUGUCCUAUCUAUCUAUCAUGUGUUGUAUAAUCAUGAAUAACAAAUCAAUAAACAUGUUUUUCUCAACA